AGCAGCUUCAGAAUCUACUCUGUAAACAGAGCAGUUGCACAGCUCUGAGAGCCAGCUCGGGGAGGAAGACACUGCUUGUCUUUGAGUGCCUGUGACCGCGGGCAGCUGAGAGCAGCAAAACCACACACUGCUCCAGCCUUUGCUUCCAGCUCUGCAAGGUGUGGGCAAGGACUCCAGCAAGGCAGAGAGUGGAGAAACAGCUGCUGUUCAUUAUCUUCACUGGUCACUUCAUUUGGAUGAAAGUUGAGCAGGAAUAUUUACGUGGGUACAGGGUGAAGAGCAUGGAGAGAUGAUUUGAAGUCAAGGAACUGUCUGAAAGUGCUUAAGCCUGAGACUCUUGGCAAACAGCAGUGCUCAAAGGUGGAGGAGGAUACAAAAGCUAGGCACUCUCUGGGACUGAGCAACCUAUCAAAGCUAAGACAGCAACUGGGACUUCGUGGGAUCACAGUCCUAGGGAGAACAACAACAAAUUCAGGAGUACUGUGGAUUCAAAAGCAAAAUAAUAACUAUUGCCAAACUUCCAGCAGCCACAUCUACUUUGAAACUGAGGUUGGGACACCAUUGGAAAACAUUCUGAAGGGAAACAACCUGUGCUGGCCAGGUCUUGGGAAAGCAGGUGGCCAAAAGCAGCCUUUCCUUCCUUGCUCCAUUAUGAUCUCUGGUUAAAUGUUCCUGUCCGUCCGUGGAAGAGGCAGAAAAAGCCACUGAAAAUCACUUCCUAGGUCUGUUGCAAAAAGAAAAAAAACCACCCAUUUUGGAUAGGAGUAGAUUGAUUAGCAACCUUCUUGAAGAAUGUCUGGCCAGGACACUGAGGACUUUGGAGCAGAAAACCUCUCCGAGGAGUCUCAGAUGAUUCCUAGCCUCCCACCGUAUGACAUGAAUGACCAGCUCCUUCCCAGGGAGCCACGGAGUACCUGGUGCUGCUUGGCAUGGACCCUGGUGGUAGGCACCAUGAACUCCUUGGUCUUUUUAAUGAAUUUACUCCUGAUGUUUGUUAUCUUCACCAUUGUGCUGCUUCCUACCAUUGUGGUAGUUUAUUUUGGCUUCCAAUGCCACUCCCGGGUGCUGCACUCAGCUGCCCGCUACUGCAGAAGCAUCUUGGAUGACAACAGCUCUUCUGCCCUCAUUAUCCUUGGCUUCAUCAUCAUGUCCCCUCUCAUUGUGGUGGCCAUGGCUAUCUACUGCAGCCUGGCAAGGCGUCUCCGCCUCUUCAUGUGCUUCCAGCCAUACAGCAGGGCUGUGUACAAGGGGGUGAAGUGGCGCUGGUACGAGGAGGGAGGCCUGUGCAGCUGUGCCAAGGGGUGGAACACUCAAGUCAAGGCCUGGGUGUGAGUUUGCAGCACCAGAGGAUCUGCCCUAGCCAGCACCCUCUUCUCUCUGCCCUGUCCCUCCCCACCAUCCCCUCCCAGAAUCACCAUCCUGAGGCCUCUGCAGAUGGAAGCUGUGUAGCACCUAGAUGUGAGAAGAAGGAAUAUCCGUUGAGGACCCAUCUCCUGCAGCUUUGUAAGUGGGUAGGAUUCUGCCCACUGCGAGGGAAAUACAGAAAACACAACUUCUUGAUGGUAAAGAUAGUGUUCAUCCCUGAAAAUAACAGGGACUCCUCGCAGUGCCCAUGGCAUUCAGAGCACAGCGCUGUUUCCAGUUGGGGCAGCAUGCCCUGCCUCACAGGGGACAUGGAGUACCUGUGGAUAGGGUUAAACGGUGCUGGGAGUGGCUGCUGACUUCACUACCAGGUCAGAGAGGUCUCUUUGGGAAAGGCAGCCCCUGCUGAAGCAUCCAGCCAAGACCAAGCAACUGCGGUUUCCUCAAGAGUUGGGCUGCCAAUGUUUCUAACCUCUUGCAAAGGUUUCUGCAGGUCGCUGCCUCUGUGAUGCCACCCGCUUUCCUACACAUCAGAUAUUCCUCCCCCACUUAGCAAUCCCUCUUUCCCGUAGUUUGCAGCAGUGCUUAAGCUUCUUUCAGUGUUCCUGAGUCAGGUUGCUGGGUUGGCUAUAGAAAAAAAUGCUGAUUUUUGGGUCUCUUUCCUGCCAGCUGCUGAUCUGAAAUACGUUUCUCUGGUAAUUGCUGAUGGUCAUUAACCAGCUAAUAGCUCCUUGCCCUUUAUGCUGUGGUCGGGUUGUCUUGUCUGGGGCUAAAUCUGGCUGAGGGCUCAGGUCAGGUUUAGGAUUCCUUGCAGGAAGAGCUGAAGACUCGUGGCAGCUGCUCAGCACUACAGGUUCUCCCAGAUCUGGGCUAAGAGCUUACACCUGCGAGGGACAGCAGAUAAUGUCUUGGUUUUUGAGGGUCACAGAUACCUGGAUUUAGGGAUAGUCCUGCAGUUUAAGAAUGGAGAGCUGGAAAAGGUCAAACUGACUGCUGAGUGCUCUGAAUCUUUCGGUGCCCCAGUAAGGCUGGGUAUCUGGAGGACCCAGGAACCAUUUCAGCACUGGCACUGUGUUGUGUUCUGUGUGAAACAAGGACUGAAUGGGCCACAGACUUCCUGGCCAUCACGGAAAUGCAAGUAUGGCAGCAGGAUGGUGUCUGGGGAGCCUGCUGUGCUGAAUAUGCCAUCUGCAAUACCCAGAGUGACACGUGGGACACCUGCAGCGUAUUCCCCAGAGAGGGGCUGUGUGUCCAAAACCUGCUGAGCAGGGGAACCCAGCCUGUGUUCCCCCUGGUGAUUCUGCAGAACUCCCAGCAAGGGCCUAAACUGAUGCUUAGCUAGGUCAGCUGGAUCUCCUUCUAGAUUUCAGUCAUCUCUGAAGUCAAACCACAGAUCAUCUGUCAUGACACGCCACAAAUUGCAACUGGGUGAAAAGCACAGCGUAUGUGAGGAGGUGUGGCAGGGAGGGAAUGGUAGUUUGAUGCAUGAUUCUCUCCUUUCAAAUCGCUGUGGGUCUCUGUAGCAUUCACUUAGUGGGGUCUGUGUGCUGCCGAUCACUGCAAGCUGUGCACUCCCACUGGCUGCUGUUCCCUGUCUCCCAGGUACAACCAUUUCAAGUGUUACGUAUAAAUAAAGAUCAUGCCAGAUCUCCA